AUGGCGCGAUUUUGCCUCAGUGCCAACCGGGAGGUCGGUUAUAACCUGUCGAGUCCAACAUUGAAUGGAGUUGAUAACAUAUGGCGCAGAUUCGGCCACGACUUUGAGACCGAGGACGGAACCUGGGCGGACUUUCCUGUAAUAACAGUCAAGUCUGGAGCCUGGUUGUCCCUCUGGUCCUGCCGGGGUCUGGUUCUUUCAGAUCCGGGGUCCUGCCUGCCUCAAUAUUCUCCAGCCUUGCCUUGCCUCGCCCAGCAAAGGAAGGAGCCGGCCGAUUGGCAAAAUCGCUCCCGGAAGAAGAAACCUGCCUAG